UAUAUUAAACUUGCUAAACUAUUGUUAUAGUUACGCCGUGCCCUAUACCGUUGACUAUCUUUAGGUUCGACUCUCCGGUUUCCACAAAGAGCUACAAUACUUAUAUAAAACUACUUUCCCCGGUAAGAAAAUUCCCUAAAACUAAACCAAUGGCAUUCUCAACAAACCCAUUAUCUCUAAGCGUACCAGAGCAAGCAUUCGAGUCAUGGCUUCGCGAUUCCGGUUACCUGGAAAUCCUCGACCACCGUACUACUCAACUCCACAACCUCAACUCUUCUCCACCUACUCCGCCGUCAACCACCACAACUUCCACCGCAACCACAACAUUACCAUCAAAUCCAGCCCGAAGAACUCCAACUACAACUAUUACAUCAAUUGCUUAUGGCCUUAUUAUGUCCCUUCUUUCUUCUUUAGCCACCAUUUUUUCUCUUCUUACUCUUAACCCUUUUGCUAAACUUACCUCUUCUGAUUUCUCUCAUAUUAAUUCUCCUUCUUGGACCAAUUCUGGGUUUCUGGGUUGUUUUGAUUCUUACUCGUUUCCGUCUUCGCCGAACCAAGCAAGGAUGCGUGUUCAUGAGAAUGUUAAGCGUUUUGCCAGGAAUUAUGCUACUCUUCUUAUUCUAUUCUUCGCUUGUUCCUUGUAUCAGCUGCCGCUUGCUUUGCUUGGUUUGCUGUCUUGUUUAGCAAUAUGGGAAGUGUUCAAGUUUUGUGAUGAUAGAUGGGCACUUAAUAGGUUUUCUCCCCUUCGGGAAGUUCUAAUCCGCAUUGCUCAAUGUGCAGUUGCAGUCAUCCUGUUGUGGUCUAAUGUUCAGAUGGCUGUCUUUUUCACUCUCGGCGUUGGUUACACAGUUAUGAUGUUACACGCUUCUUUUCGCAAGCUCACUCCUGCCAAGCAACUUUCGAAUGGGAGAGUGAGAUAAGGACUUCCAAAUGGUUAGUCUUGGAGAUUUGCUUCAUCUCAUCAGACAUGCUUGUGUAUAUAAAUGCUUCAACUAUUCAAACUCCUGAUUUUGACAGUAGUUUUCUUGAAAAUUAGUUGUCAUAUGUAGAGUUCUAAUAGUUGUCACCUUCACUGAUGCACAAAGUUGUUAAUAAUAUGUUUUCGAAGAAUUAUUUCCGAAGUAUGUUCUGAUAUAUUGGAGACGAGACUCGUUGCCUCUAA